UCGCUCUUGACACUGUGCUGAAGAAUGAGGAAAUACGGCUUGAACAACAUUACAGGAGUACUAUCCAAGAACUCCGUUGCAGCAGAGCAGGAUAACAUUGAAUCUAACAGGCCAGAUCCCAAUGUUAGGCAGGAAGAUGAGAACACUGAAAGGGGAAACUGGAGCAGCAAAAGAGAGUACAUGCUGUCUAUGAUCGGCUAUGCAGUAGGUCUUGGAAAUGUGUGGAGAUUUCCCUACUUGGCUUACAAACAUGGGGGAGGGGCCUUCCUCAUCCCCUACACUAUCAUGCUGGCUGUUGCUGGUCUUCCUUUAUUCUUCAUGGAGAGCUCUUUUGGACAGUUCUGCAGCCAAGGCCCCAUCAAUGUGUGGAAAGCAGUGCCUAUACUACAAGGUGUUGGAAUCACAAUGAUGCUGGUUAGCAUUUUUGUGGCAAUCUACUAUAAUGUGAUCAUUGCAUAUAGUAUCUACUACCUUUUUGCAUCUUUUCAAUAUCCUCUCCCUUGGAGUGUCAAGGACUGCAGCUCAACAGCUUACAACAUUACUACUGCAUCACUGAAUGUGACUUCUGAGAAUCAAACCUGCCAGAAUGAAUUUUCAGCAGGCCAGAGCCCCAGCGAGAAAUACUGGGAUGAGGUGGCUCUUCAGCGUACUAGCAGUAUGAAUGAGACAGGGCCGGUGGUUUGGCACCUGGCCCUUUGCCUGCUGCUCGCCUGGAUACUAGUCGGAGGAGCUCUCUUCAAAGGCAUAAAGUCCUCUGGAAAGGUGGUGUAUUUCACAGCUACUUUCCCAUACAUCGUUCUUUUUAUUCUACUGGUCCGUGGUGCGACUCUGGAGGGAGCAAAAGAUGGCAUUGAGUUCUAUAUCGGUUCAAAGUCCAACCUCACUAAACUGGCUGAUGCUGAGGUUUGGAAGGAUGCAGCUACUCAGAUCUUCUUUUCUCUCUCUGUUGCCUGGGGUGGUUUGAUGGCUCUGUCCUCUUACAAUAAGUUUUACAACAACUGCUACCAAGACUCCAUUAUAGUGUGUGUUACAAACUGUGGCACCAGUGUCUUUGCUGGCUUUGCCAUCUUUUCAAUUCUUGGACACAUGGCGCAUGUCUAUCAGAGACCAGUGUCAGAAGUUGCAGAUGCUGGUUUUGCAUUGGCCUUCAUUGCGUACCCUGAUGCUCUUUCUAAGCUGCCCAUUUCACCCCUGUGGUCAAUCCUGUUCUUCCUAAUGCUUAUUACCCUCGGCUUGGACUCCCAGUUUGCAGGAAUAGAGGUUAUCGCCACCUGCCUCCAGGAUGCCUAUCCCAAAGUUUUAAAGUCCAAACGAGGAAUUGUUACAACAGCAGUCUGCAUUGUUCUCUUUUUGCUCGGCUUGCCAUGUGUCACUGGGGCAGGAAUAUAUUGGGUGAAUUUAAUUGACACUUUUUGUGCUGGAUGGAUUCUCUUGGUCGCUGGAUUACUGGAGGUCUUAGGUCUAUCCAUCCUGUAUGGUGGAAAUCGAUUCAUCAAAGACAUUGAGAUGAUGAUUGGGACUAAGAGCGCCCUCUUCUGGUUAUGGUGGAGAGCUUGUUGGUUUUUUAUCACUCCAGUGGUUCUUUCUAUUAUUCUUGUAUGGUCUUUGUACACUUUCACUUCCCCCACAUAUGGAUCAGUUGCAUAUCCAGAUUGGGGCAUUUCUCUGGGCUGGUGUAUAAGUGCAUUUUGCCUCAUUUGGAUCCCCAUUGUUGCAGUCUGGAAAGUAUACAAAGCAAGUGGAGGCCCCUGGCAGCGUAUCAAAGCAGCCUGUUCACCCACAGAGGACUGGGGACCUUACUUGGAGUGCCACAGAGGGGAGCGCUAUGGUACGAGUGGAGCGACUGAUGCAAAUAUAUUUGUUAUCUCAAAUAAAUUCACAACUAGUUUAUAAAAAUAAAAAAAUUAUGUUCAAGAAUAGUUUUUUAAAGUAUUUGUAUAUAUGCAUAUGUAGCACUACAGUAAAUACUACUAAUAUUUUAAUGUAUAUAGUUGUAAUCCUUUAGUUUGAUUGUGUGUGCAUUUUUUGUUAGCGUUGAUUUGUAUUUUAUUUGAUUUUUUUGUGCAUUUAUUUGAUUUUUUUUACCUUUUAAUGUUUACACUUAUCUUUUUGGAAAAUGUGAUGAUAUCCAAAUAAUUUUAAAUUGAAAUGAAAAAUGUAUAUUUAAUGAAAAUAAAUAAAUAUAAAUAUUCAUAUAAAAAUAUAUAAAAUAUCAAAUCAGUAUGAAUAUAAAUACCAGACAAACAGUCUUGCAUCUUAUGUUACAAAUAUUUCUAUUACAAAAAGAGGGGAAUUAACAUUAAUGGGGUGCAUAUAUAUGAAACAUAAAAUGCUUGCAUAAUGCAGAGGACAUAAUUUUUUUCUAUAUAUAUUAUAACAUACUGGUAAAAUAAAAAAAUAAAAAAAA